CGCGCGCAGUGUGUCGGGGGCGCGCGGCCUCCCCCUGUCGCCAUGGCCGAGCAAAAAAUGGAAAUUACCACUCCUCCGACAUCCAAGUGUAUCAUGUACUGGAAGAGGAAAGUCAAGUCUGAGUACAUGCGUCUGCGGCAGCUCAAGAGGUUCCAGGCAAACAUGGGAGCAAAGGCUCUCUUUGUGGCCAACUUUGCGAAGGUUCAUGAAAAGACUCAGAUCCUUAAUGAGGACUGGAAGAAGCUUCGGGUGCAGCCAGUGCAGCUGAUGAAGCCAGUCAGUGGGCACCCUUUCCUGAAACAGUGCACUGUUGAGAGCAUUUUCCCAGGAUUUCCAAGCCAGACACUGUACAUGAGGACCCUGAACACAGUGGCACUGGUGCCCAUUAUGUACUCCUGGUCCCCUCUUCAGCAGAAUUUCAUGGUGGAGGAUGAAACAGUUCUGUGCAAUAUCCCUUACAUGGGCGACGAGGUGAAGGAAGAAGAUGAAACUUUCAUUGAAGAACUUAUUAAUAACUAUGAUGGCAAAGUUCAUGGAGAGGAAGAAAUGAUCUCAGGGUCAGUCCUCAUCAGUGAUGCUGUGUUCCUGGAGCUGGUGAAUGCUCUGAAUCAGUACUCGGACGAGGAAGAGGAAGGACACAAUGAUUCUGAGGUGAAGCAGGAGGAUGGAAAAGAGGAGCUGCCAGUGACAAGGAAAAGAAAGAGAAUUGCAGUGGAAGGUAACAAGAAGUGUUCCAAGAAGAGGUUCCCCAAUGACAUGAUAUUCACUGCAAUUUCUUCCAUGUUUCCUGAGUAUGGCUUCCCAGAGGAUAUGAAGGAAAGGUACCGGGAGCUCACCGAGGUGUCCGACCCCAACGUGCUGCCCCCACAGUGCACCCCCAACAUCGACGGGCCGUGCGCCAAGUCGGUGCAGCGGGAGCAGUCCCUGCACUCCUUCCACACCCUCUUCUGCCGCCGCUGCUUCAAGUACGACUGCUUUCUGCAUCCUUUUCAUGCUACUCCUAAUGUGUACAAACGAAAGAAUAGAGAGACCAAGAUUGAGCCAGACCCUUGCGGCGCAGACUGUUUCCUGUGGCUGGAAGGAGCCAAGGAGUUCGCUGCCCUGCACAACCCCCGUUCCAAGUGCUCCGGGCGUCGCCGGCGGCGGCACCACGCGGUGGGCGCGUCCUGCUCCAGCACCGCCCCGGCUGUCACCGAGACCAGGGAGGGCGACAGCGACCGCGACACGGGCAACGAGUGGGCCUCCAGCUCCUCGGAGGCCAACUCCCGCUGCCAAACGCCCACAAAGCAGAAGCUGAGCCCGGCCUCCUCGCAGCUGUUUGCGGUGGAGACGCCGCAGGAGCCCGUGGAGUGGACAGGAGCUGAGGAGUCACUCUUCCGUGUCUUCCAUGGCACCUACUUCAACAACUUCUGCUCGAUUGCCAGGCUGCUGGGGACAAAGACCUGCAAGCAGGUCUUUCAGUUUGCAGUGAAGGAAUCGCUUAUAACAAAACUGCCGACAAACGAGUUAAUGAAUCCAUCCCAGAAGAAGAAAAGGAAGCACAGGCUGUGGGCUGCACACUGCAGGAAGAUCCAGCUGAAGAAAGAUAAUUCACCAACCCAGGUGUACAACUACCAGCCCUGUGACCACCCUGAGCAUCCCUGUGACAGCUCCUGCCCUUGCAUCAUGACUCAGAAUUUCUGUGAGAAGUUCUGCCAGUGCAACCCUGACUGUCAGAACCGCUUCCCAGGCUGCCGCUGCAAGACCCAGUGCAACACCAAGCAGUGCCCCUGCUACCUGGCUGUGAGGGAGUGUGACCCUGACCUCUGCCUCACCUGUGGGGCUUCAGAGCACUGGGACUGCAAGGUGGUCUCCUGCAAGAACUGCAGCAUCCAGCGAGGCCUCAAAAAGCAUUUGUUGCUGGCCCCAUCAGACGUGGCUGGCUGGGGGACAUUCAUCAAGGAGGCAGUGCAGAAGAACGAGUUCAUCUCCGAGUACUGCGGGGAGCUCAUUUCACAGGAUGAGGCUGACAGGCGAGGAAAGGUCUACGACAAGUACAUGUCCAGCUUCCUCUUCAACCUCAACAAUGAUUUUGUUGUUGACGCUACUCGCAAAGGAAAUAAAAUCCGCUUUGCCAACCACUCAGUGAACCCCAACUGCUAUGCGAAAGUUGUGAUGGUGAACGGAGACCACCGCAUUGGCAUCUUCGCCAAGAGAGCCAUCCAGGCAGGAGAGGAGCUCUUCUUUGACUACAGGUACAGCCAGGCAGAUGCCCUGAAGUAUGUUGGCAUAGAGAGGGAGACGGACAUCAUCUAA